CCCGCCACUCUCCCGCCGGACGCAGCCUGAAUUAGGUGAGGUGACCUAAGGCUUGAACUCCUCCAGCUGCCUGUCCGCCUGCCCGCCUACCUAGAGGAGCUCUGCGGCAUCCGAAGCCUUUAGAGCAGAGGUUCAGAGCCGCAUCAUCACUUGCUCAGAACCAAAUUCACUCAUUCACAACUCUAGACAUAUUGAUCUAUCGAACAAACGAUAUCCGUACGUCUCCUUACCUUCAAACCGAAACUGCGCGCUACAUGUCCCAUUUUCCGUCCAUGAAGAUUACCGACAUAUGAAUAAUUCUGACUGCUUCUAGCCAACCAGUGUAACUUGGUAUCAGUCAACGAAACCAACCAUAGCGUGGUGUUGCAGGUCGACCAGCACAGCGCGAAACAUGGCCGACGUUGAGAUGAGCGAUGCGCCCGUCGCUAAGAAGGGCGAGGGCUCCGGCAGCAAGAGUGUCGAGGGAAAGAAGAAAUUUGAGGUCAAGAAGGUACAGAGUUGCCAGUUGUGAGCCUCCCGGAGUCAUGCUGACCGGAAACGAACAGUGGAAUGCGGUCGCUCUUUGGGCAUGGGACAUCGUUGUUGACAACUGUGCCAUCUGCCGAAACCACAUCAUGGAUCUAUGCAUCGAAUGCCAGGCAAACCAAGCAUCUGCGACAAGCGAAGAGUGCACCGUGGCCUGGGGGAUAUGCAACCAUGCGUUCCACUUUCACUGUAUUUCGAGAUGGCUUAAGGCUCGAUCUGUUUGUCCUUUGGACAACAGGGACUGGGAGUUCCAGAAGUACGGUCGAUAAAGAGGAUGCGGUCGACGUAUCCGAAUAUCAUGGAUUAUGAAGAAAAGAACAAAGCAUCUGCAAGGAAACAGUAUUAUUGAGGUGUCAUAAUCAGCUUCGAUAGGCUGUAGAGGUCAUGACACAGCGAGGCCCAGUGCACGGUAUACAAUCUAUUGAUUUCCUUUGCUUGCAAGAUCGUAUGCGUACCCCGCUGGAAGCCACUUGACGGGAUGUUUGUUGUAAAAGGGCCAGGCCGGCACCACGACGAGGAAGGUUAACGCCGUGCCUCCUAGACCUAGGUAGACUGCGAGCUUGAUAUCUUGGAGGAUGUAGCCGACAACGAAGGAGAUCAGCUAGUUAUAAUCAUCAGCCAAACAAUCCAACGAGUUAUCAGGCAUAGCUUGGAGAGGAAGAAGACGUACGCCAGAAAUGACAAGGAGAACUGUAGCAAGGAGCUCGGCCAGCUUCUGUCCUUCAAAGUCCUACGGUGGAGCUUCAGUCAGCUGUUGAUCAGGUAAAUCGACGGGCGGGAUCAUGUACAAUUUGGCCAUCGAAGACGUCUCGAAUCUGAUCAAGAGCUUGUUCAGCCAUAAUGGAUGAUGAUCGGGUGGGAGUAUUCGUCGUGUUUGUACUUUGUCUGGGGAUGUUGUUCCGUCGGAUUGAGAUCGAUGUGAAUGCGAUCGCCAAUAGUGUCAAGUUCGGAAUUGGUCUCGACACCUG